AAAAGCAAACGCGAUUUAAAUCUCUUAAAACUUCAAUCACUCAGGGCGAGCCUUCGUGGCGUUACUGGUUCAAGCGUCAGUGAAACCGGUUAAAAUGUCACCGGACAUAUAAACCAUCUCCCUGUUCGCGGCUUGCUGAACGCCGCCCGCGGUGCGCCAUUUUGAAAGUGUAAUGCAGGGAGAGGCAGAGGCGAGGGAAAUCUCAAAGUAGAGUACAAAGUCUAAAAAUCCCCACAGUGGAAUUACAGUUGACUUUCUUUGGUAGGAAAGUAUUUCGUGCGACUGGUCUGGCGUGUGCCGAGGAGUUGUGAGGUCUUCCGAGUUGCUAAGCAGCAGCCACAGCUUCAUUCCUGCACUGCUCCCCGGCCAGAACCACCCAGCCAGCCGAGCCAGCACAGCUCCAGUCCAGGGCCCUAGCCCGCUUCAGACAUCCCCUCUAUCUGAGUCGCUCACCAUGGCAGGAGCCGGUGGUGGGAAUGAUGUACAGUGGUGCUUCUCCCAAGUCAAAGGAGCGAUAGACGACGAUGUCGCUGAGGCUGACAUUAUAUCCACUGUUGAAUUCAACCACUCUGGGGAGCUGCUAGCCACUGGGGACAAAGGGGGUCGAGUCGUCAUUUUUCAGCAGGAGCCAGAGAGUAAGAAUCAGCCACAGUGCCGUGGAGAGUACAAUGUUUACAGCACCUUCCAGAGCCAUGAGCCGGAGUUUGACUACCUGAAAAGCCUUGAGAUUGAGGAGAAAAUCAACAAGAUUCGGUGGUUGCCUCAGAAGAAUGCAGCACAGUUCCUUUUGUCCACAAAUGACAAAACCAUUAAGCUGUGGAAAAUUAGCGAGCGAGACAAGAGACCCGAGGGCUACAAUUUGAAGGAAGAAGAUGGGCGAUAUAGAGAUCCAAAUACUGUCACAACACUACGGGUACCGGUGUUCAGGCCCAUGGACUUGAUGGUGGAGGCCAGCCCCAGACGAGUGUUUGCCAAUGCUCACACCUACCAUAUCAACUCCAUCUCGGUCAACAGUGAUUGUGAGACCUACUUGUCUGCAGAUGACCUACGCAUUAAUCUCUGGCAUCUGGAGAUCACUGAUCGCAGCUUUAAUAUUGUUGACAUAAAGCCAGCUAAUAUGGAGGAGUUGACGGAGGUGAUCACAGCAGCAGAAUUCCACCCCAACCAAUGCAACACUUUUGUCUACAGCAGCAGCAAGGGCACCAUCCGCCUGUGUGACAUGAGGGCAUCUGCACUGUGUGACCAGCACUCUAAAAUGUUUGAAGAGCCAGAGGAUCCGAACAACCGCUCGUUCUUUUCUGAAAUCAUCUCGUCCAUCUCUGAUGUGAAAUUCAGCCACAGCGGGCGCUACAUGAUGACCCGUGACUACCUGUCUGUCAAAAUAUGGGAUCUCAACAUGGAGACCCGGCCAGUAGAGACAUAUCAGGUGCAUGAAUAUCUCAGGAGUAAAUUGUGCUCGCUCUAUGAGAAUGACUGCAUCUUUGACAAGUUUGAGUGCUGCUGGAAUGGGAACGACAGCGUUGUGAUGACUGGCUCCUACAACAACUUCUUCAGGAUGUUUGACAGAGGCUACCGACAGGACGUGACACUGGAGGCGUCGCGGGAGAACAGCAAGCCGCGGUCAGUCCUGAAACCUCGCAAAGUGUGCACAGGUGGGAAGCGCAAAAAGGAUGAGAUCAGUGUAGACAGUCUGGACUUUAACAAGAAGAUCCUCCACACUGCCUGGCAUCCCCUGGACAACAUCAUUGCCGUGGCCACCACCAACAACCUGUACAUAUUCCAGGACAAACUGAACUAGCAUUCGAUGAACCGCUCAGAUCCCAGUUUCUGCUAAAGCCCCAACUGCUCUGAUACACACCUAAAACAUGAUCUGUUUUGAUAGCAACCUUAGGCUGAAUCCCCAUGCCUUGACUACAGACUGUCCCCUUGCUGGUGUUUAGUGUUGCAUAUAUGAUGAGGCAAUACACUGUCAGUGGCAUAGCUGCAAUCAUAUAAUACACCCAGUCGGGCCAACACAAGAGCUUUUCCACCUGGGUCUGCGGUCCUUAGUCCAGACUUGGGGAUUCAGUGUUAUUGGAUUCCUCUGCUAGGAGUACUUCAUUUACCAUCCCUACCAUAUUGCAACCCUUUCUCCACUACAUCCCGAACCAAAGGGGAACACUGUUUGUUGAGUACAUUUAUUUGGCUAGGUUGCGAUAAUUUCAUUAUUAUUUGGUGCCAUCAUGACAUGAGUCAUUUGUAUGUCAUAGUGUUUAUAUGUUUUUGUAAUUACCAAGUUUUAUUAGUUUGGGUAGGACUUUGUUUCAACUCUUUUCUCAUCUUUCUGUCACGAGAUCUGUUUUGUAUUGGCCUGGAACACUGCAGAUAACAAGCUAUCAACACUCCAUAUUUGCCCCAGCUAUGUGUCAAGUUGCCAAGUUGACUUAACCCCCCUUUCUUUCCUAAUGUACAGUAUGCCGAUGCUGUUAAUGUGGACAUUUGACUGGUAUACACACAUACACACACACACACACACACACACCACACACACACUUGACUGGGUUUUUGGGUAGAAGGGGGGACUAAUCGUGGCAAAAAAAAAAAAAAAAAAAAAGUCUUAUGCAGUGAGGUCAUACUUGCAGCAAAGUUCUCCAGUAAGCAUGUUGCCCCUCUGCAGGGGAAACAUCCUGAAGUGAUUGAAGGCACAGUAGUGCUCUGUGGAACCGGCUGGUCUCAAGUUUGAGGACUACCAUGGAAAGCUCAAAACAAGGGCUUUACGUACAGCUGUGGAAGGUCUGCAUGGCGUGGUGUGCCCUAUUUCUCUCACGGUCUGUGGCACCAAAGUUUAGUGCUGCUGCCAGCUUCCCCACAAAAGCCCGUUGUGUUGUCGCUGAUUGAUUGCUUUACCCUCUGGAUCUAGUUUUUGUUUGUAGAAGUUUUUUAUGAUGUUUUGUACUGUACCUGAUAAAAGAGAAGAAUAAUCACUAUAGCUGGUUUAUUUUUGUAUGAAUUAAGGCAAUAGGAUUACAGUCUGAUCACUGUAGUUUCUUUAGCUGUCUAUCUUGGACUUCUCUGUAGAUGGAAUGAAGGUUGCCUGGUUUGGUGAGCUUUUUUUUGUCAUAUGACAUCAGAACAAUUUGCUCAUUCCGGCAAGUGUUGGGUUGAAAGCUAGAGAAUGUUUAUGUGGCAUCAAGGAAGUCUGAUGUUUCCAAUGUUAGAUGUCCAAAGAAAAGUAUUUUCAGGUGUCAGUACCUCUGUAGUCAUAAGCACUAAAACAUUUAUUUUUGAAUUUGGCUUCCUGUAUCUGAUGUUAUGUGGAACCUUUUUGGAUGCUUCUGAGUUAGUUUGAAAGUUAAUUUGACUCUUUGAAGUUCCGUUUGUGUGCCAUGGUUGUUUAUAUAUCAUUUUGCUCGCUGUGAAAGAAUAGGCCCCUGUAGGCCUAAAUGGGAAAGGCAUUUUAAUCAACUUGUAAUGUGUUAAAAUUGUUAAAUCUAGUUCACUCUCAAGCUAGUCAAGUUAAUUGACUAGGCAGAGUUACUGAUUUUGAAUAAUUGUAUGUAAUGAAAUGUAUUCUCUCUAUCUCCUGUGGUGCUGGGCUAGUUCUCCUAUAAAGGGUUGUUCAAAAGGAGAAGUUGUGAAGCACUUGGUUUGCAGACAUUUAUUGUGUGGAACCUGUCGUUAGUGCUGGUUUGAUUACAGGGAAAUACUUCAAACAUACAGCAGCACUUUUCUGCUGUUUCUGUACUAUCCUAUGCUUCAGUUACAUGCUGCCAAUUCUCUUCUGGAGCAAGCAGGUUGAUUAUAGCACUUUUUCUUUCCUUCUUUAAAACACUUAUGGAUGACAAAUUAAGCCAUUGAACCAGGGCAUGAAACGUAUUGGUCCACUGGAUCAUAUUUAUGUAAGUCAACAUGUUUCACUCCUACUUUAGAGAAUGGAUUGCCACUCACUAGCAAUGCUGCCGAUACAACCAUCAUUGGUAAUGGCCUCCAGAAGGUGGUGUUGUGCUACAGUUGUGAGUGUCACCUCCUCAGGGCUCUGGGUAAUGUCCUCAAGCCAUGAGAAACUUAUGCUUAUGUCUUUGGUUUUGUGACCUUUUUUGAAGAUGACUACUUCUUUUGUUUUCUGAUGCAAGACCAUGUGAAGAUCAGUUGAAAUUGUUUUCCUCAUGUCAUAUGUACAUAAAAUUGCCUAAUGCUGUACCUGUAUCCCAUUCCACUGUCACACACAUACUGCAUCAGGACAUUACAGUCUAGUAGCUGUUCAUUAUGGAUGCUGGGAUGCUCCAGUCAAUUAGCCACUGAUCAACACUGAGGGUUAUUUGUUCAAAACAUGAGAUCAGUGAUCAACCAUGUCCAAUCAGCAUACGUUAGGGAGUAGAAUUCUUUUUUUUUUUCCUCUUUUGACAGAAAUAUCCAUCCAAAGCAAGCACUUAAAUCAUUUUACUGUUCAAACCAACUGCAGCUGACGUGUUUUAUUUUUUCAUUUUUUUUAAAUCACUAAACUCUACUCUAUAUGGGAAAGAUUGUGUCAGUAUUUUUUAUCUGCUAAUGUUGGCUUUAAACAAAUCCCAAUCUGUGGUUAUCUCCAGCUGACACAGCUGAAAUAGUUAUCAUAGACUAUAUGACGGUGUUACGUAAGCAACCAAUAUUUUUUAAAAUUUACAACUGUACAAUAAUCUUUUCAUCUUCCCUCGCAUUGUUUUCAUGGCUACUGUGCAAGGCUAUGGUGCAAGACCACAAACAUGUUCAGAAGAACCCUAUUGCCUUUCUCAUAGCAUUAGAAAAAAAAAAAAAAGAUAAUCAAGUAUGUUUCUUGAACUUACUGGCACGCCAGACAGGCGACUGCUCAGGGGAACUUACUGCUGCUGUGUGCUCAAAACCUUGUAUCUUCAAGAAAUUAACUUUUCAGGAAUUUAUAAAAGCAGCCUUAUUUACAGACUAAUGAACAUUCAUUUUUGAAAUUUUUUUAUCAUGGCUUUUGAAUGGCUUUCAUGAGCCUUGGGUCAGUUAAACGUACUCUACACAAAACACACCACGGAAUCUUCAGCUCAAGUGAAACUAUAAUAAAAAAAUUACCCAAAUUGCAGUUAUGAGGUUUUUUCCACAACAGCAGCAUUAUAUACAAAUAUAAUGUAUCACAGGAGUCAAAACAAAAUGCACUUUUAUUUUUGUGAAUUUCAUUUAUUUGUAUGUUUUGUUUAUUUCUUUCAAGGGGCUCUUGAAUAAAGAUUGUAGGAGAUUUUUGGCGAUCUGUUGGGAAAAAAAAAAAACUCAAUACAAAAGGUUCACUGUAUAGCUCUGUUUGUCUUUGUCAAAUGGAAUAAAGUACAAUUUAGAUUAAAAGUAAUAAAGAACUUCAAACCUGAA